AUGACGGAACCACCAGCGAAACGUGCUCGCCGAGUCGAUAGCUCAGCUAUGUGGGACCAAGAUGACCGGAGGACACGUUCACCCGAAUUAGAACCAGAUUAUACCAGAAGCCCUCGACGGGACCAUGUUGCGAGAGAUGAUGGACGACGCGAUGGGCCUCGUGAUGAUCGGAGAUACCGUUCUCGCUCCAGGGACCGGAGAGACAGGAGGCGAGAUAGAAGCCGGUCGAGGGAUCGCCGCGACCGCGACCGCAGAGACAGAGACGGACGGGGAAUGAGGGAUAGGGAAAGAAGUGUCAGUCGGGAUAGGCACUAUGAUAGACGCGGCUAUCCUUCAAAAGGAGACAGGUACAGGUCGCGAUCACCUAUUCCGAACGGCAACAGGGACCGGUCGCGGACGCCGCCACCUCGCGGACCCCGGAGCGACCGCAGGCACGACCGCAGGGACCAUAGAGGACAGACAAACGGUGCUACGGAUGCGAAGUCAGGAGGGAACCGGUUCAAAGACGAAAUGGAGGUGGACAGUGACGGAGCUGUUGGAGAAGACGAUGUCGAGGAAAUGAUGCGCCGCAGCAUGGGAUUCACGAAAUUCAGGAGCACGAAGAAUACCAAGGUCCCCGGGAACGACAUUUACGGAGUCCGCAAGGAGAAGAAGACGGAGUACAGACAGUACAUGAAUCGUGUCGGAGGAUUCAACAGACCUCUCAGUCCCUCGAGGUAA